AGGCGAUAGACAUGUGGAGUGUGUGAUAGACUUGGUUUUGUCAUGAAGAGUUCAAUGCAAAUAAAAUUGUUUGUUUGGUUGUGUGUUUGAUUGCACGAGGUUGCACGUUGAGUAUUGAACAGAGCCCGAACAGAGAGAGAGCGGCAGAUGCAAAUGGUUGAGAAGUGUGGAAAAUGAGAGACGGAGUAAAGAAAAGAGGUGGGGGAGGAGGAGAGGUUGAUGAAUGGCUCUCAGCUGUCAAGGAUAGAGAAAGAGAAGAAAAGCAGAUCGUGUCUGAGUGGAGGAUGGGGGUGAUUGAUUUAUUUUUUUUUUUUGUCUUGCAGGGGGUUGUUGAAGGUUGAGAAUGCCAUGAUAGUUUUGUCUGCCCCCUGUCCUCUCUAUCAGUCUCCAUCUGUGUCUUCUCUGAUCCGUCUUCUUCGGGGGCUGUUUGACUUUUUCUGACCUUAAUCAGGCCGGCCCGAGGCAACAGGGUGUCCGAAGAGCCUGUGUGAGCAUGUAAACGCUCAUUCACACAGGCAUGUGAUGGCUGGAGUCAUGAGUGUGAAGAUAAGGGCGCUAAACUGCUGUUUAUUUUGCACACACGCAGUUAGUUUGCGUUUGUUGUUCAGGCGGACUUUUGCACGUUGACUUCGCAUCUUACGAUGAUGCUUAUUGUCAAUAAAUCCAAAGAAAAGGGCAAAGAUCUCCAAUGAAAACUUUGCUUGAUAAAAGCUACAGUGUCCGGCUGUUUUGGAAAAAUAAAUUUCCCUUUAAUUUGAAAGGGCAGAGCCCUACACACGGCAUUUUAAGAUGAGUACAUGGUUGCCGUUGCUCUUUUUGUGGCCUUUCCAGGCAACUCACGGCCAAUCAGUUUGAGGCCCUGAUUGAAGCCUGCAGCAUUUAAAUCGGAAUGAGACGGGUGUCGCGGGGUUGUUUGUGUUGCCUGACCAUUGUUAAUCUCAUCAGAUAAGACCCCAUCCGAGACGACUAGUCUGCACCUCCGAUGAAUAACGCAAUUAACUUUGUUAUUUAGUUAUUUCCCGUGAGCAUUAAAGGUCAUAGAAAUGCAGUUUAGAAGCACAAGAGGAAGAAAUGCACACUGCUGUUAAAAGAACAGUUUAAACUUUGGGGAAAUUUGCAGAGUGCAAAGCCAGAUUUAUGGUCCUGCACUGGAACUAAGCCACAGGCUGACGUGCACCUCCCUGAGCUAACACUGCGGUGCAUCCCGUUUGCUUAGCUUUGCAGGAAAACAAAAAAUCAAUCAGUACAAACAUAAAAAUCAAUCAACACGUGUAAAGCUUUAACGCAGAUUUCAUUUCUUAACUUUGUGCACACGUCCGAAGAGGUAAAAACUGAGAACGCGCGAGUUUACGGGGGGAUUACAUGCUGGACUAGUUCUUAGCAGGGUGUGGUGGUGACUUUUGAAGUUGUGUUAAGCUUAGCACCAAGGUUUCAGCCUGAAGCUACAGCUGUAUAUACAAUAGAGUGGUAUAAAUCCUCUCAACAAUACUCUGUUAUAAACAACUACCAAAUAUAUCAAAGGAACGAAUGCUAACUUUAAUUUAAAUCCACUGCUCGGUGCCUUAAAGACCACAAAGCUCGUGGGCAAGAGGACAGGCCACCGUGUCCUUACCUGCUUACAAUUUCAAUAGCACACAUUCAGAUCAGUCCGUACAAAUAUAGAUGUGCAAGAGCAAACACACGCACAGAUAGACACACAAGGACACACGCGGCAGCUGCAUCCAUUCAUUCAGAAACAGAGAAACCAUCUCUGGCUGACGAAAUUCCCAUAUCAGCAAAUGCUGGGUCAGAUGGUCUCUGGUCGUUAUUAACAAACACUCUCUGAAACAGCAGGCACACACAUGCCGACAGAGACCGGGGAGAGGGGGAGUCAAUACUGUUACAUCACAUCUCACCGCUUUACAAACUCUGACCCACUGCCCUUGUCCUUCCCUGGCCUCCCCGCGCACCCGUCUGCUGAUGUGUCUAAAGCGGCACACAUGUGCGCGGGGGAAACGGGUUCCGCGGCGCGCACGGGUUCAGACAUUUGACACAAACAGGUGUGAGGGAGACACAUGGAAAAAUAAGCGGAGGAGGGAGAGGAGGUGAAAGGUUGAAGCCGUUCGGCUUCUCCUCUCGCUCUGCCGUGCCUUCGUUACAGUUUCUUCCACUUGUGCGUGUGUGGAUUUAAAUGUAUUCUUGUGUAAACUGCGUCAUGUCGGUGUGUGGCGUAUAAAUACUUGCAUUAUUUGCCAUCUGUUUCAAAUACUUGAAACGGGAACAAGAUAAAAUUGAGAAAUUUAUUGUCUCUGUCGCCGUGUUUCAACACUGUUGCUGCCUAAUUGCAAAAUUGCCCAAGUCACAUUUGAACAAGAAAAAUCGCAAUUCCAAAAUGACACAGGCGGUUAUGCUGUUGUGCUAAUGACAUGUGCGUGGGUGUGUGUUCGACCUUGCUCCAGCCCGUGAUACAGGGCUCUGUGGUCAUAAGUCACAUUAAAAUGGAUUUCCUUGGGUUAGAAAUUCUCUGGAAUUUUUUUUUAUACAGAUAAAGUCUGACACAGAUUUUAACAAUCGCACGAACAACAUCUUUAUCUCGUGACUCAUAAAAUUAUGACAUCUUAUUUUUACUGAGCUGUAAACGGUUAAAUCAGCUGUUAUGACAAGCAGCUGUUAAGAUUAUAUUUAUAACCACAUUUAUAACGGCACAGUAUAUUUUGCUUGAACAGUUUUUAACAGUAUUUUAACCAAGUGUGUGUGUGUGUGUGUGUGUGUGUGUGUGUGUGUGUGUGUGUGUGUGUUUGUGUGAGAAUAAGCAGACUCCUGCAGGGCCUCAUUUUGCUGUUGUGAUGAUUCCCAGAAGAGCAGGGGGAAGAGCUGACAAGCCGUAAACCGGGGAAUGCUGAUAUUUCUUCCAGAUUUACCCGGCAUCUUUGUGCGACUACAACUGCAUAAACAUCUGGCCAUUGCCCCACCCCGCCUCUACCACACAGCCAUUUGUUCAUUCAUUCACAUUUGGCAGCCUCUGUUAUUUCUGGCUCCACUCGUCUGCUCUCAUUCUACUUGUUCAUAUGGAGCUUGAGUAACAAGAAAGUUAAUCACAUGAGCGGAGAGGGGGGAAAGAAUCAGCAUCAAGUCUCUGCAUGGCUCGGAUUACAGCAUGCAAAGUAGAUGUUUGAACAUGCAUUUAUUUAUCACGCACCGCCUUUACAAGAGCAGUUCAAGCUAGUAACAACACAUUAAAUGGGGUUUUUAUAUCUUGAUAAGCUCUUAAUGAAAGGUUAUUUAUGGCAACCCAUCAAGUCUGUUAAAGUUGAGUUUAGCGUUUGUGUUUGAGGAGGAUAAACACAGAGCAAGAGGAGUUUUUAUAAAAUAAACAUAAUCAUUAUGCUGUAACAUACUGUUUGUCAUUAUUAUUGAAAAGCAGUGCUAUUGUAUUUCCUGGCAGUGGCUGCUGGUACGUGCUGAAGAAGUGCAGCGUAAUGUUUGAAUGUUUUGUGUUUGUGUUUGUGUAGCCACUGCAGGUUUAAGAUUGUGUACCAGUAAAGAGUGAGUCAAGGACACUGCACUGAGUCAGUCUGCCAGAGUUAGGCCCCUUUACUUUGGAAAUUGAAGCUAAGGCGUGAAGUUGCCAGAAUCAACCCUGUAUUGCACUGCUGCAUGCCAGAUGCACCACUAGUACAGAGUGGUAGUAAUACAAUGCUCGGCACCAGUAGGCGCAUUUGCUCCCUCUGCUGGUCAGACGCUGGUAGUGCACUGUAGGCGUGAGUGCAGGCCCAUUUCUGAAUUUGAAACCAUGAAAAGAUUCAAUUUAAACUUGACAGAAAUAUCAUCAUCUUCCAAAAUAAAGAAGCAGUAAUCGUCAUUCAACCUCCGGGAUUUUUAUUUUUCCCAUCAUAAUGUUAAACAAGGAAAGGUGGCUUUUAAUGCACAGUGCAAUGGUAAUCUUGACUAUACUGGGUCUAUACUGUCAUCUAAAAGUCCCAGCAGCAAGUGAAAUACGGGAAACAAAUGGCUAAAGAGUAAAAAAAUCAUCAGUUGGAGAAAACACACAGGUCUGUUCACAGGUUUCCCUGGUGAUUCCCCGGAUAAGGAGCCGGAAUAGAUGUUGUUGCUUCCUGAUCCAAUAUCAACAGUAUCCGUGGAGACAGAGCCACGGGGGGCAGUGUAUUAAAAGAUCAACUGGACACGCUGUGUGUCCGCUUAUAUUUCAGAGAGUGUGUGCGUGGCAGAGUAUUGGAUUCCAUCUGUGAAACUAUGGCAACUGACUCUAAGACCGGCAGCUCCUCUCUCCCCCACUGUCAGGGUGAUUUUUCACCAUAACUUUCAUCCAGUCUUUGAGAUAUAAAGGGUUUUGUGUGAGCGUUCAGUUUUUUUUCUCUUUCUUAUUCAAUGUGUCAAGAGAAAAGAGGGGUUUAACCUGGCCAGUAGAUACCCUUGAGGUGUUAUGUUCAAAACUGGGAAUAAUGUAGCAUGCCGUUUAGAGACAACUAAAAAACUUUUAGAUAAAUUAAAAUCAAAUAAAGUCAAAGAAAUAAAGUAUUAUUAUUAAAAUCUUCAGACGGAUACUUUAAACCUCUCUUUGUGCUUCGUUAGAAACCACAUUAGCAUUUCUGGGGCCCUUGUUUUAAAAAUGCAUGAUCCAAAAGUCAUCCAUACUUCAAACAGUUCAAAUCUAAAUUAAUAUUAUAUGUCACAUGUGAUUUUGCAACUUUAUUUUCAUUUGUCCUCUUGUGAUGCCAAUACUGCACAAGUUAUGUCAAGCUAAACAAAAUAGAUCAUACCCGACCCAGAAACAGGCAGGCUGAUUGAGUAAAAUUAGAAAAGCGGCCUUGCAUAGGUUCCCUUUACCUCUUCACUCUUCUGAAAGCUUUCCACGGUGGCUCCCUCAUUAAAAGGUGUCUUCUACUUUGUGUCAAGUAUUCACAUUAGAAUUUCUUUUGAGACAUUUCAAAAUAAAAACAGGGUCUGUGCUCAUCACUAACCUUCUAUACCUAUAUGAUGUUGUUGGAAGUGUUUCUUAAAAUGGUGAAACCCCGCGUUUAUUCGUAAGAUUGCCCCACAGCAUAUACACCAGACACGGACCUAAAGUUACGUUUUUUAAAAUACUUUUAUUUACUUUUAUUUUGAAGGUAAUCUAGCUCAGCGUCCGGUGUUUCCUCUUUCUCGAGCCGGUCAACUUGACGCGUCUCCAUGGCAACCGGUGUAGUUACACGGUCGCCUCACGGUGCGUCCCGUUACUUUACCUGGAAGCAGCAGCAGCUCAUGGAGCAACGAAGACAAAUAGAAAACAUGACGCCCUCACAGAGACCCAGGCAUGGAUGCGAAGCGACGCACAAUGCUAAAUGGAGAUUGGCAGCUCCUCCGAUCCCCUCGCUGAAGCGUCCAGGUGGGGCACCCCAGACAUGGCCCGUCCACCCUAACCCUGCGGGACAUGUCCAUGGGUCCCUCUUGCCUCCUCCUCACCUCCCCAUCUUCCAUACCCGACAUGCAGAGGAGAGCGCAGAGCGGCCCCGUCUGGUCACAAUAGUCCGACCAUGUGGUCAAAGUACACUACGAAAGGUAACGGUGCUGCUGAACCGCAGGGGUGUGGUGUCCUUCGAGCAACUGCUAUUGGAUAUCUCGGAGGCAUUGGGGUUUCCCCGCUGGCACAGAGCCAGAGUCACACGCCUAUACACGACACACGCACGAGAGGUUAAAGGUGUGUGUGAUUUCUUCCGAGGUGAGGUGGCCUUCCUGGCUCUCGGUAAAGCUCGUCCUGAGCUGAGCAGUGUGCAGGAAGCCCUGGAGGAACUUUAUCCCGAACCCUCACAUUACCGAGCCGAUGCGGUGCGGGCUUGGGAGAAGAGACUCCGACCAGCACCGGAUAAAGCUGCUAAGGCCGACAGCGGAUACAGUGAGGGGACAGACGACAGCGGGACCAACCAAGAGACACGGCGAGACACAAACACGCAUGUCAAGAAUCACACUAAUGCUCACAAAUCUCAACACGCGGGCACACGCCUGCCGGAAAACCAUACAUCUCAGAAGCCUCAUAAACAGAUUUCACGCAGAAAACCUGCUUACCUUCCUAACCACCUGCAGAGACUACGUGUGAGGGGUGGAGUCAAAGAGCAACAGCCUUCUGCUAUUGGUCCAUUUAAGCAUGAAGAGGAUCUUAGAGAAGCAAACACUCUCUCUCCUACACUGUGUGAAAACUGUUUAUCGAGGAGAGUUAAACAUCAGGGUCCAGAACUGAUCAAUACACUAUCUGGGAGGGUCCCACUUCCUCCUGUGUCAAGGAAGCAAAAAGAAAGUUCUCAUAUAGUGCAGGAAGUGAAAAAGGUGGAGGUUUGUAAUGAGCCUUCACCUCCUCGGCCAAUCAGCAGAGACGAUGAGAAGAGCCAAAUACAGUUACAUCUCUUAAAUCCAGCUCCAGAUGUGGAUGCAGCACACAAACCCGCACACAGGAAGGAAACCUUCGGCCUUCCCUCAGACAGCAGCAACGUUGACCUUUCGGACAUUGAGCGCCGCUAUGAGUUUGGACGUGUUGUCGGCGAUGGGAACUUUGCGGUGGUGCGAGAGUGCCGCCGCCGUGACAACGGUCAAAGCCUCGCCGUGAAAAUUAUCGAACGCUCCAAGCUGAUUGGUCGAGAGCACAUGAUGCAGAAUGAGCUGAGCCUUCUGGGUAGCCUCUGUCACCCUCGUGUAGUGCAGCUGUUCACACACCACCACACCCGCACUCACUCCUACCUGGUGAUGGAGCUGGUGAGCGGAGGGGAUCUGUUCGAGGCCAUCAGCGACAGGGGGAAGUUUUCGGAGGCAGAGGCGGGACUGAUGGUGUCUGAUGUGAGUGAAGCUCUGAAUUACAUCCACUGCAAGAGCAUCGUCCACAGAGACCUCAAACCAGAGAACCUGCUGAUAGAACAAGCUGCUGCCGACAUCUGUCGACUGAAGCUGGGAGACUUUGGUCUUGCCAUGGUUGUGACUGAACCAGUCUACACCAUAUGUGGCACACCCACUUAUGUAGCCCCAGAGAUCCUCUGUGAGACAGGUUACGGUGUAGCCGUUGACGUGUGGGCUCUGGGCGUGAUCCUCUACAUCCUACUGUGCGGCUUCCCUCCAUUUCGCAGUCGGGAUCGCAACCAGGAAGAGCUGUUCCAGCUGAUAAAACAAAGCCAGCUUCACUUCCCAUCCCCAUAUUGGGACCCCAUCUCAGAGGAAGCUAGAGGCCUUGUCAGAGCUUUGCUUCAGCCGGACCCCACAGUGAGGCUAACAGCAGAGCAGACCCUCCUGCAUCCAUGGGUGAAAUCUAUGGCUUCAGUUUGCAGGCAGAGGGCGCUCACAGACAAAAGUCAGAGGAACACUGUAGAUACUGGAGCAGAAGCAGAAACAGUCCAGAGGCCGGCUAAGAUUAAUGCGGCAGAAUCACUAAUAGACAAAUCACCAGGACAACACACAGGCAAUGAAGAAGAAAUCACACGCAGCAACCAUGAUGAGAAACAAACUGAGGGGAACACAAGAGGUGGACAAGAUGAGGCCAAACAACCACAGCAACAAUCAAAAGAGACAAGCACAGUCCAUAUUGUAUCUCCACUGAUAAGAGAGCGCACACCUUAUCAACAGAAACCAGAAUCCACAUCUACAGAGCAGCACAGCAGACAAGAAAUACGGGAUCUGAGGCCCAAGAUGCCAAACCCAGACUAUGAGUUUAAUCAGCUGGACUUCCCCACAGGCCAAACUGAAGUUUCAUCUGAGGUUAACACACAAUCAAAACGAGAUAGCUAACAGGAGUCACCUCCAGAUUCACCACUUCCAAUCAACACAGCACCACAAACCACAGUGGGUCACUCAGCACAUCCUCCAACUCAGCAGCAGCAGCUUCUCAGACACACUCUCUCCUGUUAUAGAGCUCAACCUCUGCCAUGCACAACCAUGCUUCUUACUCAAAUGAAAACCACAACGAACCGAGCAGUCACACCACCAUCACCCACCCACACACACACACAGUCCAGAUGUUACUGUCAACCUCCUAUUUGAUAGUGUGAUUAGAUCAGGGUCAUCACUUUCAUUGUUCCCGACAAUACCACUGAUUUCUAGGCAGCUGAAUCCUUCUGUGACCUGCAAAUGAUGUGAUUUACUGUCUCGGGGAUGAAAAGGGUCUGAUUGAUACGGAUAGAUACAGCUCACGAACGUGUGUAAUCCAUUUGUGCUGCAAUCUAAAGUUAAUCACGAGAUGUUGCAUAAUGACAAAGGCACAUGUCUAUCUAAAGACAAAGGAUGGGAAGUAGUAAGUAGUAAGUGAGUUUCACAUUUUUAAUGUUGUGGUGUAUUAAAAAAAAUGUUUUAGCACAAGUGUUUUUGUUUUAAUAGUUUUUAUGUUGCCCUGCAAACCAUGUCCGCCUUUGCUAUGUUUAAUUACUCAUCUGUUGACCCAUCCUCCUUUCACACUCGUAGCAGUGGGUUCCUCGAUGUCUGUUUUAGGACAGGUUAUGUUCACUAUACGGUCAUGAUCUAAAAAUACCUGUAAACACAGAGCGGAGAACUUUUCAUGUUAGUCCCAGAAAACUCUUAAACGCCAUCUUUACAAACAGCGUGUUUACUGUAGUUAUUUCACUCUGGGUUACGUUGACAACAAACUACUGCUGAUAUCAAUUACCGCCACUGAAUUAGCAAUCUGUGACAAUGUUUGGAAACACUGAAGUGUCGUAAGAUCCUGUGGCUAAUAACAGGAAUUGGCCAACACAGAGAACAGUGUGCCCACACCGCGUAAACUGUGUGUGCAUAGCUGAGGGUGGUAUUGCUCCCUUGCCAUUCGACACAGACCAAAUAAGGCAUAUCUGUCCAUCCAGAGGAGUGGUUAGUCCUGUCCCUCCAGAUUGCACACAGCUGACACUCUUGACAUCCUGCCCCACCCACCACAAAUACACACACACAACCCCCGUUCUGCAGACCUACAACACACACACACUCACACACAGACACAUACCCUUCUCAAGCCUUAAGCCUCAUAUGUGGGACACUGACUGGAUAGAAAAGCUUAUAAAUGCUUAUGACUCAGUGUCGGUGACAGGGUGGUUAAGGCUUUUAUCGAUCACCUUGUCUUUCUGGCAGAAUAGUUUAGGCAUCGUUAACACACACACACACAUACACACAUGCAAAGGGUCCCUCACAACCAGUUGAGCCACAUUGAUGGAUUGCAUCAUUCAGCAUACCAGAGCCCCAGAAACAGGGUGGUUUCUGUUACAAAGUUGUGUUAAAAGUUGUCACACGGUGUUGUCGCUGGGCGUCAUUGUGAUGUUAUA